CAUCAGCUGUUUCUUAUGGGCGUGAAGACAACCGCUACACAGAUUACGAGUUUUUGGCUUCAUGAUCAAGAAACCUUAUGGAGAGUAUAUAUCUAAAGGUCACACGAGAUUACACACCAAAUGACAAAGACAAACGCUUCGCAGGCAAAGACUCUACCAUCAGCGUGGAGAAAGGAGACAUUAUUUUCGAUGUUCACAAGGACGACGAGGGAUGGUUAUGCGGUAAGAAUUUAAACAGUGGAAAAACUGGCCGAUUUCCUUCGGAUUGUGUAGCAAAGCUGUCAGACGUAGGCGAAAAAAAUAACAGUGGUUCCACCUCGUCGCUUAAGUCAGCUCAAAAAAAGGAACCCAAUGAAGCAAAACCACUUAACCGCGAAAGACCAAGUGUAGAUACUAAAGUGAGUGAGCCUAAGAAAACAACAGAGCCAACGUCUGGUAGUCUUCGAAGGCCACCUAAUCCAAGACCGUUUGGUCUCUCGUCAAGGUAUCCAAGACCUUAUGAAAAAGAAAAAAAGGAGAGCUCUGGGGAUUCUGGAUGUGUUGAAGACGAAGAUGAUUAUUAUUUGAAUGACAAUCCACCAGAAAAGAAGAAGCCAUUGAGUACUAUUCGGAAGCCAAUCGAAAGCGAAACGAAAAAGCCCUCGAUUUAUGAGUCGAGGUUUGGGAACAAAACAUACUCGCCUGCCUACAGCACUAGACCCAGUGUUUCAAAACUGAAAUCUGCCUUUCUCGACAACGAUCAAAGGAACUCGAAAGCGCUGGACAUGAAAGGGAAAGAUAAGCCCAAAGAAACCAUCGAAAUGAGUAAAACACCUACAGGAAAAGACUCGCUAAAARAUAAAGAUUCUAAGAUUGCUUUAGCGACAGAGGAUGACGAUAAUGAUGGAAUGUACGCCAGUGCUGAAUUGGACGAUCAGAGGCCAUCAGACGUCAACAAGAACCAGAAAUCUGACCCUCCCAAGACGGCCAAGACGACCAAAGAUAGUAAAGUAAAUAUCAAAGAUAAUCCUUUAUCUGGCAACAAGGCAGUUGGGCCAACACAUAGCUAUMAAGUCCCUCAAGCGCCUCCAGAGAAACCACCUAGAGGAUGUGCAGAAUGUGAUGAACCCCACAUUUACGCUGCUCCUGAUCAUUACAAAGAGCCGCCAUCAUCACCUGAAAGAGCCUCUGGAAAAUACGACUUUGAUCCUACUGAAAAUGAACAGAAAAAACCACYUAUGAAACAAGAAGACGAGAAAAACGCGGCCAACGAUGACUCAAAGCGACGCUCAUACAACCGCAUGGCUUCCUACGAGAGUAUAAGUAAUAAUGGGCCCGAAAAAAAUUCAAAUAAAGGUCGCUCAACCGAAAGUAUCAAAGGUGCUGUAAAAGCUGUCAAGAAGACUAAAGCAAGAAUAACUUCAUCUGAUCGCUACCCAAAGAUGAGAAUUAUCGCUGGAAUAUGCCUUGGAAUUCUCACUGCAGUAUUUAUAUUCUUUUUGUUUGUUGCUGUUCUUUUACUACCGACAUUGCUGGCUGUCGUGUCUGGGAUCAUAAUAGGACUUGUUUUCGGCAUGAUACUAGGAUUCCUAGACCGAAAACGACUACUCUGUAUCACUCUCUUAAUUUUUCCUAGUAUAUUUUCAACCCGUGGCAAGAUCGCGUUAUGGAUUUUAAUCAGUUAUUAUAUCCUGGCUGGUCCCGUGUGUAAUCUCGUUGGGAACAUUCAUAUUAUUGCUUUAUCGAGAGGAGAAUGCUUCAUGGCGUCUAGUGGAAUCAUAGCCAGCGUGGGAAGUAACGAUACUAAUAGCACUGAAGCGAAUCCUCUGUACAUUCGUGUGAGGCACCCUCUCCUUCAAAAGUAUAUUGACACGACAAGARAGCUACAAGAGUUGGUAAAUAACACUUUGUCACAUACGCGAGCUCAAGAUAUGGACCCGUCACGCAACGAAUCAACACCUCGAGAACUGUGUUACGAGUUUUUACAUGGUCUGAGAAAUAACUGCAAGUCUAUCGCUGCGUCAGAGUUGGCUGUUUGUGAGAAGGUCGCAAAAAGCUUUACUAAUCCCCACAUGAUGAGCAUUUGCCAGCCUUUGAGACCUGGAACUUUCUGUUCCUCAUUGUCAGAUCCAAACAUGUCGAUCGCCUGUCAAAAUGCUGACUUUAAAAAGUGUGAAAAGUUUGUUCAAGAGAUCAAAGAGGUUCUUGACAAGUUACCAGAUCAGGCGGCCCUUGCAGCCUACGACUUUGGACAACAACCAACCAUCUAUACCCCUGCAAGUAAAAAAUGCGAUAACUUAAUAUCAGUUUUAACCUUGCUAUUGCCUCUCUUGAUAUUGCUUGUCCUUUACGAAGCAUACGACUACCACAAACUUUAUUUGUCAAGAAACAGCUUUGAUAAUCAGUAUUUGACCAAUCACUUCAAGACAAUUGAAGAUACAAGAAAGACUAGCGGUGCGAGCGAUGGUCUUCUCCCGCUGAAAAAAUGCGAACAUCAAAAGUAUAUUCAGCCUACGUCGCCCCAAUUUACCACCGCUGAAAAACAAAACAUGCUCAAGUACUUGAUUGUCUAUUYGAUUUUCUUGGCUUUUGCUCUUAUCUUCAUUCUGGGGGAUUACUACUUUUAUUAUGUUGUGUCUAACGCAAGAGAAAAAGAAGAUAAACCAGAAAACAGCCACACCAACUCCACCAACAGUACAGGGCCAGCUGGCGUGGUAUUUGGCAAGCUGACCUGCGCUUCAUUGGUCCUACCCCUUGAGGAUUAUUAUGUUAUCGUAUUAUCAGUUCUUCUGGGGCUGCUACUGCUGAUGAUACUGAUACAGCCCUAUGUUUUGCGGCUACGGCAUUACAUUGCUUCACGAUUGUACAGAAGAAGAGAGCGCAAACGAAUUGCUUAUCUUUACUACAAACUAUUAGAGGAGCGCAAGGCAUUCUUUAAAGCUGUCAUUGAUAACAUCCACGUCGAAAACGAGGAGAACUACGCCAUGGAUCACCUUGACACAGUCAGGGUUCUUGCUUGGAAUUUCCAGACGAUGGAGACGAUCUUUUCACUGAUUGGCGUGAGCCUUCGGAAAUGUAUGGUCUGUGGUCGAGGGCUGAAUCGGAAAUACGUCUAUUGCGAAACAGAUACAUGUGAGUCGAUCUACUGUCGCACUUGUUUCUACGACUUGGGGAACAAGUGUUUGGGCUGUAUGCGUGACAGCAAUCCUUUGUCACGCUCGUCGAGUUUCAUUCAAGGAAGUUCGAGAAAGCGAAAUACCAACGUCACGACCAAGGGUCAAGGAGUUUGAAACGAGAAAAAAAGGAGAAGAAGCAAUUGCAGAGAGUAGUUCCAAGGACUAAACGAACCCAGCUCAAUGGGAGUUAUGGAUUUAUCGUUUUUCAAAAGAAAAAAUAUAACCUGUAAUAACUAACAAGACUAGAACAAGAUCUUACUGGUCAAAAUUACUGUGGAUAAGACCGGAAAUCUAACAGAAUAUCCAAUGGGAACUGGUGUACAAAAUAUACAUGCUGAAAUAUUACCCAUUGACUUUUGAACCUUUGAAAUUUGAAAGGMAUCAAAAGUAAAGUAUCUUUAGAAGGUAAAUGAAAAAAUGAUUAGAUUUUAAAUGAGUGGGAAUAGAAUUAACAAAGCAUUAAGAAAUAACGUAAAAAAUGAGAAUAUUUUAGAAUUCAAACCAUACAGCGCUUAAUUCUAGUCGAUGCUUGCGAUGUAAUGUCUCCUCGAACAUUUUAGAAUAGUACACUAUAGAUUUCCACUAUUUUUGUGAAAUAGYUGCACUGUAUAAUUAGAAAACUCGGAAAUUGGCAGAAACUCCAUGGGGUUUCGAAAAUAAGGACUAUUUCAGCUUGGCUUUCCUUGAUUCGUUUUUAGCGCUUUCUUCUCGAUGCUUGACAAGCCUGUGAGAUAUGCCGUUCGGUCACCCGCCAUUGAUGUUGCUUAUAAUUUGACCAAGUUUGGUUUUUCCGUUGGAUUUAGUUUGUCGUUUCAACAAAUUUUCCGACCAAAAUUUGGAUGGAUAAACCUUUUGUUCGAUAACGAUUUGCGUGGUUUGCAAGAAUGCAUCAAUCUCGUACCCAGAGCCUUUAUUUCUUACUGCGCAUGCUCGAACAUGUUCGAGAAUGCGCAGUAAAAAGGCUCUGGGUACGAGAUUGAGAGUGCAUACUUCAUUUUGAGUAGGAACUUCUCGCAAGAUCACAAAAACAACUUUCACGGGUUUAUUUUUUAAGGAGGUACAACACGAUCCCUUUGUCUCCAAGUAAAAAAAUUUGAUUCUCAAGGAGUUAAUUGGUCUAGAGARUCCCCAUCGAGACCUUCCUGCGUUUUGACAGUUUGUCUUAAAUUAGCAAGUUAAGUUUGCGCUUAAUCGCCGCAUCCUCCUUUCAAGUACCGUGGUGUUCUUUUCUGUUCAACGUACAUGCUGUGCUUGUGUUCGAUAGUAAACUGGCUACAUAAACUUGGCGUGAAAGAAAAUAUAACCUCUUCAUGCGAAAGAAAACAGUUAUCGUAGAUUGAUAAGUUUUACACCGUAGUGAAAAUAGGAACUGACGUUUCGGACGGAGUCCUUCGUCGGAGUCUUCAUCUUCAUGCGAAAGAAAAGGCGACCCUCGCCACGCUUAAAAAGGAAAGAGGAGAUUCCGUUUUAGCUCUAGGGGCUGCUCCAACUUUCGUGUAAGCAGGCUACAACUAAUCCGGAUGUCAAACUGCGGUCAAGUGAAUCCUAAUUAGAACUUCGUGAAACUAAAAUUGAAGUGAAGAUGAUAUUCGAUAAUGCUAAAGAUUUGCUUUCUAGAACAUUGCCGUUCAAAUAUUUAUCGUGACACCCAAUACAGCCCUUAGCAACCGGAAAAGCGGCAUUUUGACACAAAAUCAUUGAAAAAACACGCGAUGCGGGUUUUGUUUGAUGUAAGAAAAUAAAGAGUGGCUGUUUACUCUGAUAAACCACUUGUAUAUUGAUUUUAAAUAGUGCUUUAUUCAUAUGUAGUUUAUGCAUACUACUAUUCCGCAGUCCGAAGCAAACGUGAGCCUGCUCCUGCUGUUGGAAAGAGCUAAGUUGCUCUUAGAAAUGUUGACCAAUUUAUUAAGUUUUCAAGAGAUUUACCUUGUAUUUUAUGGUUUGAGUUUAUAUAAAGCGUUAAAAGUUGUAAAGAGUUGAGUAAAUAUAAAGAGUCGCUGUAAAAAGUAUAUUUGAAGUGGAAAUAAAAGAUAGUAAAGACUAGAAUGAA